AUGAACAGCGUGGUGGCUACACCACCUGUGCCUCCCCAUUUUUACGAGUACUCUCGUCUGUCGUCUCCUCGUCCAAUGUCUACACCAAGCCACACUCCCAACAACCGAAAACGGAAAGCCGACGACGAUGGCAACGAUCACGAUGGACGCAUGUCAGCGUCUCCAACCAGUUCGCCCGCAUUCACUCCUCGAUCUCUUCCGCCCGCGAGAACAUGGAAACGAGCCCGUCCAAAUGUGAGCGGGAGGCCUCUGGCUCUCCCCCGGUUGCUGGAGACUUUGGAUACCGAUGCUCUCCGGGGCGUCCUCCGAUCCAUGUGCGAACGUCACCCGGCUCUAGUCGAUGAAGUCGUUCACACGGCUCCUCGCCCGAGCGUCUCCGGGGCUCUUCAGGUGCUCCGCAACUACCAAUCCGCUCUUCAGUCCUCCUUCCCCCUGGGUGGCAACCCCGAAUCCGAUUACGCCUACAACCGAGUCCGACAGCCUCUGGGGAAUCUUCUCGAUGCCCUGGGUGAUUUCACGCCACAUUUCCUUCCUCCCAACGAAACGCAGGCUUCGAUAUCCUUGAGCUACUUGGACGACGCCACCGAGAUCAUCCAUGCAUUGCCACGAUGGAACACCCCCCAAAACAACAUAGAGCGGGACUCUGCGUACGACGAAAUCUGCAAGGCUUGGAUUUUGGUGAUUCGGGAGGCUGCUAAACGCGGCGGGGGCAUUCAACUACAAUACGGCGGCUGGGAUCAGAAGUUGGCGAAACACAACCAGAACUCCGGUGGUAAGCUGCAGGCGGCCGUUCACGAGCUUGGAUCCAGCCUGGGAUGGAUGCACGGGCCAGACAACCAGGGUUAUGGAAACCCAGGGCAUAGCAACGAUUUUGGUUCUAUCCGGGACCAGCUCCUGUCGGGCACCUACGGACUCGGAACUCCCGUCAAAGUUGGGCCAUGGUAG